CCAUAUCUCACCUCAUUCCUCUCUCUCUCUCUCUCCAUCUUCAACAAAAGUCAAUCCCUCACCCUCUUUCACCUUCAAAGUUCAAAUCACUUAACAUAACAUUGGUUCAUAUUAGCCACAACACAGCCCUCUAAUACAUCAAACUUUGUCAUCAUCACAAACCAAGAAAAAAGAAAAGAAAAUGCAUGACAUAUGUCUGAACAUGCCACCAAUGGUUCAAACCUUCGACCCAGAGGACCUCUUCACAAGGCGCUGCAUAUGGGUGAACGGACCCGUGAUAGUAGGUGCUGGCCCUUCAGGUCUUGCAGUGGCAGCAUGCCUCAAAGACCAAGGUGUUCCCUUCAUAAUCCUCGAGAGAGCAAACUGCAUUGCCUCUCUCUGGCAAAACCGCACCUACGAUCGCCUCAAGCUUCAUCUCCCAAAACAGUUUUGCCAGCUACCAAACGUCCCUUUCCCUGAGGACUUCCCUGAAUACCCCACAAAGUUUCAGUUCAUAAGCUACCUUGAAAGCUAUGCCAAGCACUUCAGCAUAGCCCCACAGUUCAAUGAAACAGUGCAGUCUGCAAAGUACGAUGAGACCUUUGGCCUGUGGAGGAUCAAGACCAUCAGGAAGAUCAAGAAAUUAGGAGGACUCUCUUCAGGUGGUUGUGCUGAGUGUGAGGUUGAGUACAUUUGCAGGUCGCUUGUGGUCGCCACCGGGGAAAACUCGGAGAAAGUGGUGCCUGAGUUUGAAGGGUUGGGAGAGUUUGGUGGCCAUGUUAUGCAUGCCUGUGAUUAUAAAUCUGGGGAAGGUUAUGGUGGACAAAAAGUGCUUGUUGUUGGGUGUGGAAAUUCAGGCAUGGAGGUCUCACUUGAUCUUUGUAACCACAAUGCUAACCCAUCAAUGGUUGUUAGAAGCUCAGUUCAUGUGUUGCCAAGAGAAGUUUUUGGGAAAUCUACCUUUGAGCUUGCUGUGACGUUGAUGAAACGGUUUCCUCUUUGGAUAGUUGAUAAGAUAUUGCUGAUUCUGGCACGUUUGAUUUUGGGGAAUGUUGAAAAGUAUGGUCUCAAAAGGCCCUCAGUGGGUCCUUUGGAACUCAAGCACACUGCAGGGAAGACCCCUGUGUUGGACAUUGGGGCCCUUGAGAAAAUUAGAUCUGGCAAAAUCAAAGUGGUUCCUGGAAUCAGAAGGUUCUUGCCAGGGAAAGUUGAACUUGUUGAUGGCCAAGUUCUUCAGAUUGAUUCUGUAGUUCUUGCCACUGGGUAUCACAGCAAUGUACCAUCAUGGUUGAAGGAGGAUGAUUUUUUUACCAAUGAUGGAACUCCAAGAAACCCAUUUCCAAAUGGGUGGAGAGGCAAAGGUGGUCUUUAUGCUGUUGGGUUCACAAGGAGAGGCCUCUCCGGUGCAUCUUUGGAUGCAAUUAAUGUGGCUCAUGACAUUGUCAAGAGUUGGAAAGAGGAAACCAAACAGAAGAGGAAAACAGUGGCUGCACGCCACAGGAGAUGCAUAUCACACUUCUAAUUAAGAGACUCAUCACUUCGAUAAUGACAAACAUUUUGGGAUUUUUUUUGUUUAUUGCUGAUCAGUCCAAAACAAGAGAUGGUGAUGUUAGGUUACAAAAUAGUAGUAGAAGUCCCUAAUACAAAAUAGAACCCUUGAGUCUCUCUAGUUGGUUAAGUUGUGGAGAAAUGAAUUGUAAGUGUGCAAUCUCCCACAGUAAGCUUUGUCCCUUUUCUAUUUCAUACCUCUUAAGGUCUAAAUAUAAAUCUAUCUUUAGAAAGAAAAAAAAUUAGCCCUCUCCUUAAGGAAACCCAUGUUUGAAAAUAAUUUGGCUAUAAAUUUGUACAAAGGAUGAUAAGGCUUAUUUGCUUCUUUUUUUCAUUGUAAUUGCUUUUUGUUCUUUAGUUAGUUGUAAGGAAUAUUGAUUCAUACCGUAAUGAAUAUUGUAUUACAAGAUUUAUUUAUGGUUUA